AUGGAGCCAACUGCCACGACUUUGUCCAAGGACGAAGUAGCUCUGCGAUUCCAAGAUAACUGGAGAGCUAAUAAUCCAGAAGAUGCCGUUUCCGAAGGAACCUCCCCUCACGUGGACGAUGGAUUAACCAGUUUAAACUGGUUACAGAAUCUUAAUAUUAUGACCAAACUCGGAGCUCCUACUCCCCCGACACCUCCCGCCAGUCCCAUUCCUCACUUUAUCACUAAGGGAAGUGAGAAGCCAGGUUAUGACGAAAACAACUGGAUAGCCGAUAAAGUUGGCGAAGAAAUUGAUUACAAGUCGAACGGAUCUCUGAAGCCUCCGUUUUCUUAUGCAACCCUUAUAUGUAUGGCGAUGAAGGCCAAUAAAAACAAGAUGACUCUGUCUUCAAUUUACAAGUGGAUAAGAGAUAACUUCCUGUAUUACAAAAACGCCGAUCCCAGCUGGCAG